CUGAAAAUCAUAGACCUUCAGUCAAGAACGUACUCUUUGUCAAGCACCGCUCUUCUAUCAAGCAAGGCCCUUCUAUCAAGCAAGGCCCUUCUAUCAAGUCCUCGGUCUUUCUCCAAGCACCACUAUCCCUAGCAGGUAACGCUCUCCUACCAAGGACUCGGUCUCUCUUCCAAACGCCACUUCCCUCUACCAAGUCAGCCCUCUCUAUCAAGAUGUCUUCUGUCUACGUUGCGAAGUACAGAAAGCCCCACAAUGUGAUCUUCAACCAAAUGGUCUAUAAGCAGACUGCUAUCCACCCUCAAGUCCUCAUGAUCGACGGAAAAGAAUAUACAACCACAAUGGUUGAAGGAGACGUACAAGGUCUUACCGAGGCUGGUAUCGAAGCUGGAAAGAGCUACAAGUACAUCGUAUUCAACUACGACGUUUACGAGAAGACCAAGAUUGACCCGGCCAUCACACCAGAUCUCCUCAAAGUCGUUGCUAUCUGGGAACAUGGCGAUUAUGGUCCCAAGACCAGAGUAUAUCAACAACCACCCCAACAACCUCCUCCCGCAAUGGCCCAGUCGGGCGCUCAGGGACCGUCCGAUCAUCUUCCCCCGGCACCUUACGGACAAUUCCUCUUUGCCAAUGCCCCUCCUUCUACGUACCGCAGCCCGUAUAAUCCUUCUCCGCCUCCGCGUCCAGAAUCCGAAGAAUAA